AUGGCAGGACCGGCAGUGAAAGACGCCAUCGCAGAUGACAGCUCAUCCACCCGCUUGGGCCAAACAUCCGAGGCCACGAUUCCCCAAACACAACGGGGUCUCUCUCCACGCCAUGUUCAGCUCAUGACAAUUGCCGGAGGCAUUGGCGUCGGCCUCUUCGUGGGCGUGGGCGGCGUCCUGUCCAAGGCGGGACCCCUGCCUCUUAUUGUCGGGUACAUCAUCUACGGCGUGGGGUUCAUAUGGCCCACCACCCUGAACGUUGCUGAGAUGGUGGCUUGGCUGCCGAUCAGAGGCUCAAUCUACGAGCUUGCCGCUCGUUUCGUGGAUCCUGCACUCGGCUUCGCCAUGGGAUGGACCUAUUUCUUCGCCGGCGCUAUGCUUGUUUGCACGGAAUAUUCAGCGGUCGCCACAGUCAUGGGUUAUUGGAACGUCGACGUCAACCCAGCAGUGUGGAUUGCCUUGGUUCUGGCAGUAUGCUACUUCCUGAACAUGGCAGCUGUCAAAUGGUUCGGCGAAAGUGAGUUUGUCAUGGGCUCGACUAAGGUCCUCCUGCUUCUCGGCCUUAUGAUGGCGACGUUCAUUACUAUGGUGGGCGGGAAUCCGAAGCACGAUGCCUAUGGCUUUCGAAACUGGUCUAAUGGAAACUUCGUACACUCUUACUAUGCAGAUGGAGCCACUGGCGUUUUCCUCAGCGUCUGCAUCUCAGUGCGCUACGCUGCUUUCACAAUCGGUGGCCCAGACACCAUCUCUCUCGCAGCUGGAGAAAUUCAGAACCCGCGAAAGACCAUUCCACGAGUCUCCAAGAUGAUCAUCAACCGCAUCCUGUUCUUCUACAUAUUUGGUAUUCUCGCGGUUGGCAUAAUAUGCAAUUCGCGCGAUGAACGCCUCCUGGGCGCGAUCGAUUCCGGCGAUGCUGGAGCCGCUGCGUCGCCAUGGGUUUUGGGACUCCUCAGCCAUGGCAUCUCAGGGUUUCUGCCAGGACUCAUCAACUUUCUCAUCUUACUUUCGGGUUGGUCCUGCGGAAACGCUUUUCUCUACUCAUCCAGCCGCACCCUCUACUCUCUUGCUCAGGAUGGACAAGCACCCAAGAUCUUUCUGAGAUGCACCAAGAGCGGAGUACCAUGGGUCUGUGUGACAGCAGUCACUCUCAUCUCUCUUCUGUCAUUUUUGGUUGCGUCGAACGAAGCAAGUGAGGUAUUCUCUUGGUUCUUGGAGUUGACAACCGUCUCACUGGUCGUCAAUUUCACCUGCAUGUCCUGGGUCUUUCUUGGUUGGCGCCGAGCUUUGAAAGCCCAAGGAAUUCGCCAAAUCAGCACGAGCAAGAAGAGUUGGCUGGCCUCAUUACUUGACAGAGACAACAGCGCGGAAUCGGUCACGCAGACGGAGACAGUCAUCUUCCCCUACAUUGCACCCGGUGCUUCCUGGACUCCCUAUUUGUGCAUGAUCCUGGGUUCGAUUAUCUCUUUGUUCAUUGGGUUCGACAUAUUCUCCCCGUGGUCUACAAAAGGGUUCAUUACAAGCUAUUUUGGUCUUGGUUGGUUUGUUGGCAUGUUCGUGUUUUGGAAGAUAUACAAGCGCACAAGCUUUGUUGAUCCCGGAUCUGUGGACAUUUACGCCGACGGACGAAAGCAAGCAGUUGAUCAUGAGUGCCGCCUCUGGGAAGAAGAUCUGCAGGAGGAGCAUCGAAACGAAGAGCUUGUGAAGAAGAAUGUAAUCCUGAGAACAUGGGACAAGGUUUGGGGAGAUUACUAG